GAGACAGUACCCCCGCCACGGACUCCUUAUUUUCUUCAAGAGACACACCGAGCCAAGACUCACUUCUAUUUUUUUCCUGAACUUGAACCACCGUCUCCGUAGUAUCGUAGCCGACACGCGGCGUCUUGGACGAUGGACCCGUUUACCGAGAAACUGCUUGAGCGAACCCGUGCCAGGCGAGAGAAUCUUCAGAGAAAAAUGGCUGAGAGGCCCACGGCAGCAACAAGGUCUGUGACUCACGCUAAGCGAGCUAGAGAGCCACUUUCAGAAGCAAGUAACCAGCAACCCUUAUCUGGUGGUGAAGAGAAAUCCUGUACAAAACCAUCACCAUCCAAAAAACGCUGUUCUGACAACACUGAAGUCGCAGUUUCUAACUUGGAAAAUAAACAACCUGUCGAGUCAGCAUCUGUAAAAUCUUGCUCUCCAAGUCCCGUGUCUCCUCAGGCGCAGCCACCAACACCAGCUCCUAGGGGGGGGCCUGUGGCUGCGCCAGCGUCACUGCUGGGCGGGAAGAGAGGGCUGACCUCAACACUGGACCCAAUUGCAGCCUCCUCAGUUAAAACACGCAUGCAAAAACUUGCGGAUCAACGGCGUCAUUGGGAUAAUGACAAUGUGACAGGUAUAAAUGAUGAUAUGCCCGAAAGCUCACCCUUCUCACCAGUGUCGCUGGAGGAAAAGGUUGCCUCUCCUCCCAAACCACCCCCUUCAGAUGCUUCAGCAAUACCCGUUGGGAGAAGGGGCCGUCUGGCCAACCUUGCUGCAACAAUUUGCUCUUGGGAAGAUGAUGUAAAUUACUCAUCUGCAAGGCAAAACAGUAUACAAGAACAGCCUGGUACCACUUGUUUAUCCAAAUUUUCCUCUGCAAGUGGAGCAUCUGCUAGGAUCAAUAGCAGCAGUGUUAAGGAGGAAGCUACAUGCUGUUCCCACAGGGAUGGCGAUGCCUCCCUGAAUAAAGCCCCAUCCUCUAGUGUUGCAGAUGCAUCUGUGAUUAGUGCCUCAAUUUCCAGCACUGUGAAAACUACUUCUUCCCCAGUGAAAUCUUCAACUACAUCUAUCACCGAUGCUAAAAAAUGUGAAGUACAAAAUUUUGAGCCUCUUCCAGAAAGUCCUGCUAGUCCACUGAAAUCGGAGGCAUUGAAACCAAUUGUGAAGUCAACUUUAUCCCAAACAGUUCAAUCCAAGGAAGAACUAAGUAGAGAAAUUUGUCUACAAUCUCAGUCUAAAGACAAAUCUACCAUACCAGGAGGAACAGGAAUUAAGCCUUUCCUGGAACGCUUUGGAGAGCGUUGUCAAGAACACAGCAAAGAAAGUCCGGCUCGUGGCACACCCCAUAGAACCCCCAUUAUCACUCCAAAUACAAAGGCCAUCCAGGAAAGAUUGUUCAAACAAAAUGCAUCUUCAUCUACUACGCAUUUAGCUCAACAGCUCAAGCAGGAACGUGAAAAAGAGCUGGCAUGUCUCCGUGGCCGAUUUGACAAGGGCAAUUUAUGGAGUGCAGAAAAAGGCGAAAAAUCAAGAAGCAAACAACCAGAAUCCAAAAAGGAAAUUCACUGUCAAAACACUCCCCUCAAAAAUCAUCAAGUUGUUUCAAAUACCCCAUCGCUUCCAAUAACAGAAAAGGAGACAGAAAAUCAGACACCAGAAAAAACUUCUAGUAGAGAACCUGCAGGUUUCACUGAAUGUGAAAUGAUGAAGUCUAGCCCUUUGAGAAUAACAUUGUUUUUAGAAGAGGAUAAAUCCUUAAAAGUAACAUCAGAAUCACAGGUUGAGCAGCAGACUGAAGUGGUACGUGAAAUUGUGAUGAGUGUGGAUGAUGAUGAAAUCAAUAGUUCAAAAGUAAUUAGUGACAUCUUCAGUGAUGUCCUAGUGGAAGGUGAACUAGAUGUGGAGAAGAGUCAAGAGGAGAUGGAUCAAGUAGAAGCAGAAAGCAAUGAGGAACAGGAAGAUGCACUGAAUAUCUCGUCAAUGUCAUUACUUGCUCCAUUAGCACAGACAGUUGGUGUGAUAAGUUCAGAGAGUUUAGUUUCCUCACCUAGAUUGGAAUUGAAAGACACUAGCGUAAGUGAUGAAAAGCCAAAGCCAGGAAAAUUCCAGAGAACUCGUGUCCCUCGAGCUGAAUCUGGUGAUAGCAUUGGUUCUGAAGAUCGUGACCUUCCUUAUAGCAUUGAUGCUUAUAGAUCUCAAAGAUUUAAAGAAACAGAACGUCCUUCAAUAAAGCAGGUGAUUGUUCGAAAGGAAGAUGUUUCAAAAUUGGAAGAAAAAAAGAAUGACUUUCCUUGUCAAGUUAAUAUUAAACAGAAAAUGCAGGAACUCAAUAACGAAAUCAAUUUGCAGCAGACGGUGAUUUAUCAAGCUAGCCAGGCUCUUAACUGCUGUGUUGAUGGAGAGCAUGGGAAAGGGUCGCUCGAAGAAGCUGAAGCAGAAAGACUUCUUCUAAUUGCAACUGAGAAGCGAACACUUUUGAUUGAGGAACUGAAUAAACUGAAGAAUGAAGGGCCUCAGAGGAAGAAUAACACUGGUCCCAAAUCCCAAAGUGAAUUUGUCCCAUCCAAAGGAUCAGUUACUUUGUCAGAAAUUCGCUUACCACUGAAAGCAGAUUUUGUCUGCAGUACAGCUCAGAAACCAGAUGCAGCAAAUUACUACUACUUAAUUAUACUAAAAGCAAGAGCUGAAAAUAUGGUGGCCACACCAUUAGCGAGUACUUCAGACUCUCUUAAUGGUGAUGCUCUGACAUUCACUACUACAUUUACUCUGCAAGAUGUGUCCAAUGACUUUGAAAUAAAUAUUGAAGUUUACAGUUUGGUACAAAAGAAAGAUACCCUAGGGCCUGAUAAAAAGAAAAAAACAUACAAGUCCAAGGCUAUUACUCCAAAGCGACUCCUGACGUCUAUAACCACAAAAAGCAAUCUUCAUUCUUCAGUUAUGGCCAGUCCAGGUGGACUCAGUGCUGUGCGCACCAGCAACUUUGUCCUCGUUGGAUCUCACACACUGUCAUUAUCUUCCGUGGGAAACACCAAGUUUGCUCUUGACAAGGUACCCUUUUUAUGUCCUUUGGAAGGUCAUAUUUAUUUAAAAAUAAAGUGUCAAGUGAAUUCAAGUGUUGAAGAAAAAGGUUUUCUAACAAUAUUUGAAGAUGUUAGUGGUUUUGGCGCCUGGCAUCGAAGAUGGUGUGUUCUUUCUGGAAACUGUAUCUCUUAUUGGACUUAUCCAGAUGAUGAGAAACGGAAGAAUCCUAUAGGAAGAAUAAAUUUGGCCAAUUGUACCAGUCAUCACAUAGAACCAGCCAAUAGAGAAUUUUGUGCAAGACGCAACACUUUUGAAUUAAUUACUGUCCGACCACAAAGAGAAGAUGAUCGAGAGACUCUUGUCAGCCAAUGCAGGGACACACUUUGUGUCACCAAGAACUGGCUGUCUGCAGAUACUAAAGAAGAACGUGAUCUCUGGAUGCAAAAACUCAAUCAAAUUCUUGUUGAUAUUCGCCUCUGGCAACCUGAUGCUUGCUACAAACCUAUUGGAAAGCCUUAAACAACGGCAUGACAUACAGCGAGUUUUUGAGCUAUGUCAUAAAGGUAUCUUAAGGAAACACUUAUGAGCAUGAGGUUCGCUGAUUGCAUUUUUUGCUUUAAAUACUAAAGGGUAUGUGCCAAUAUUCACUACAUAUUAUGCAGUAUUUAUAUCUUGUAUGUAAAACUUUGUGAUUUAUCUUCUGUCAUUCAUAAAUGACUAGAAAUAAAUACAUUAUUGCACAUUUUGCUAAAUCUUAAUUUAAAAACCUCAUUUUCCUGAACAUAAAAUUAUUCAGUUAUUCAUGGCAAAAUAUAUUUUUUUUUAAGCAAGAAAUUUUGAGUUGUAUUCUUGGAGCUGUGGCUCCUGAAGUAGAAUGGUUUCCCAGGGGUUGGAGAUGGAAACCUCAAACUUUUGUGAUGACUUCUCUAGCUUCAGUAAUUUUUUCUAAAGGUUAUCAUCAUUUAUUGAUCACGAUAUGUCUUGUUACUAUAGUACUGAAAACAAUUUCUAUGAACCUUCACACAAACAUUUUUAGUAAUAGAGUUAAACUUUUAAAAAUAGCAAAUAUAUAUUAGUUUUAAAAGCUUGCAGCUGCCUUCAAAAAAGAGAUAAAGGAGAUAUUGUGUGAGAUUUGGGGUUAAAUAUUUUAUAUAGAGGAGUUAAUAAAUAACGAUAUGGUUUACAGUUAUUCAGUUACUAUAUAUGCAGUAUGGUGCACAUUUUCAUAGAAUUCAGGCUUUUGUAAACAGCUAUUUUCACUACAUAGCUCAUAGACUCAAAAAUACUUGGCAUAUUAGUUCUUUCUGCUUCUGUAAUAAGAACAACAAAUGUAAAUGGAAGAAUCUUUAUAUAAAAAAGUAAACUUUUGCCAAGCUGCUAUGGACUAAUACUCUACUUGCCAAAGUUCUUUUCUUUUUUCUUCAUGUCCGUAUUCAACCAUGUCUAGAAACCCAUUUUGAAAUCAUUUGAAAACUAUUAAGUCAUAUAUUGCUUUUAAAAGCCCAAUUCCUUUUUUUUUUCCAUUUAAAUAUUAUAAAGCAUGGUCUCAAGUUUUAAAUACACUUUGAAUUUCUUCUCUGAAUUUUUAAAGUUAUUGAUGAUCUCAUUUAUAAACACUAAAUUCUUUUAGCUCCUGUCAUUUUUUAUUCAUUCAAAUGUGUUUUUCUUAUGUGUAUUAUAAAAAUGUUUUAUGUCAUCUUACCCAAAUAAAUAUUUGUAAAUGC